UUCUUUAAAGCGCUCUUUAAGACAGCGUGACACCUAAAGAGAUCGUCUGUUGUGUUUAAGGUCGCCCAUCAGACGAGAUUGUAAUGAUGACUUUUCCGACAGGUGCUAAAAGUGGCCGGUGCUCCUCUCCGUGGCGUUAGCCUGCUGUGGUUAUGCUGAGGCUGCUCAAUGCUGAGCUCCAUUGAGAACAGGUUUAAAGGGCUUGAAUGCCUUCUGCUGAGGCAGGGCAUCUACCGACCACUCUUUACAUGCCCUCUGCCGCGGCCCGCUGGCCUUUGUGUCACCCAACAAUGAUGGCACCCGAACACCACAGCCGGGGAGAGAGCAUUGUUCCCUCCAGCCAAUGGGAGAGCAGCAAAUAGACGUGCAUGUAACGUGUGAGUGUCUGUGCGUUAUGUGUGUGUACGGUAAUGCAAAGGUGAAUGCAUGUGGACAGAAUGCAUCUUUCACACCGAGCUUUUGCAUCGACUCUGUGACGAAGGGGAGAGGGGGACGUCACUCAAAGAAGGAGCCAAUCACACUUUAGCUGUUUGGAUUUAUGCCAGCGUUUUCAGGCUCGUAAGACUGUAGUACAAGUUGCAAAAAGCCAGUUAGAAAAAAAAAAAGCCAGCUGAGACGAGAUGCCGUACACACCGUCUGGAUUUUUCUGUGACCGGCUGAUCCGGGAACGAGAGAGGAGAGACGGGGAAGGGUCUCUGAACAAGCCCCUCCGCUUCAACGGCCAGGACUUCAGCGUCCUCAGACAGGAGUGCCUUCAGAGGAAGAGCCUGUUCGAGGAUGACUCCUUCCCCGCCACCGUGGAGUCUUUGGGCUUCAAGGAGCUCGGACACAAGUCCAACAAGGUCAAGAACAUCGUCUGGAAGAGGCCCAAGGAAAUCUGUGAAAACCCUCAAUUCAUCGUUGGAGGAGCCAGCAGGACAGACAUCUGCCAGGGAGAUCUGGGUGACUGCUGGUUGCUGGCUGCCAUCGCCUGUCUCACCUUGAACGAGAAGCUUCUGUACCGCGUCAUCCCUGAGGAGCAGAGCUUCUCCGAGGGCUACGGAGGAGUCUUCCACUUCCAGUUCUGGCGUUAUGGCGACUGGGUGGACGUUGUCAUUGACGACCGCAUCCCAACCUUCAACAACCAGCUGGUGUUCACAAAGUCGGCUGAGAGGAACGAGUUCUGGAGCGCCCUGCUGGAGAAAGCCUACGCAAAGCUGCAUGGCUCCUACGAGGCCCUGAAGGGAGGAAACACCACCGAGGCGAUGGAGGACUUCACCGGAGGAGUCACUGAGUUCUACGAGAUGAAGGAAGCUCCCAAAGAGCUCUACAAGAUCAUGAAGAAAGCUCUGGAGAGAGGCUCGCUCAUGGGCUGCUCCAUCGAUUCUCUGGUCCCGGCUCGCUUUGAGACUCGUACAGUGACCGGACUCGUGAAGGGACACGCCUACUCGGUGACGGCAGUGGAGGAGUGUAAACCGUCUCAGCAUAAAGACUCUAAAGUCCGCCUGGUGCGUCUCAGGAACCCGUGGGGUCAAGUCGAGUGGAACGGCCCCUGGAGCGACAACUCGAAGGAGUGGGGCACGCUCUCCAAGACUGAGAAGGAGAAGCUGCAGCAUCAGAGCGCUGAGGACGGAGAGUUCUGGAUGUCGUUCGAGGACUUCAAGAAGAACUACACAAAGAUCGAGAUCUGUAACCUCACCCCGGACGCCCUGGAGGACGAUAAGAUCCACAAGUGGACGGUUUCUGUGAACGAGGGUCGCUGGGUGCGAGGCUGCUCGGCCGGCGGCUGCAGGAACUACCCAGACACUUUCUGGACGAACCCUCAGUACCGCCUCCGUCUGCUGGAGGAGGACGACGACCCCGAGGACAACGAGGUGGGCUGCACCUUCGUCGUGGCUCUGAUGCAGAAAAACAGGAGGAAAGAGCGAAAGAUGGGCGCCAACCUGUUCACCAUCGGAUUCGCCAUUUAUGAGGUUCCAAAGGAGAUGCACGGCAACAAGCAGCACAUGCAGAAAGACUUCUUCCUCUUCAACUCCUCCAAAGCGCGCUGCAAGUCCUACAUCAACCUGCGCGAGGUCACCCAGCGCUUCCGCCUGACGCCCGGGGAGUACGUCAUCGUCCCCUCCACGUACGAGCCUCACCAGGAGGGCGAGUUCAUCCUGCGAGUCUUCUCUGAAAAGAGGAACACCUCAGAGGAGAUAGAGAACAGGAUCGAGGCCGAUCAUCCAGUGCCGGCGCCGGCCUCGGCGGGGGAAGAGAGCGAGGAGGACCAGCAGUUCAGGACGAUUUUUCAGGAAAUAGCCGGUGAAGAAAUGGAAAUCACAGCCAACGAACUGAAAAAUGUUCUCAACAGAGUGAUCACCAAACAUAAGGACCUGAACACAGAGGGCUUCAGCCUGGAGAGCUGCAGGAGCAUGAUUGCUCUGAUGGACGUAUCCUUUAUGGACGGGACGGGUCGACUCAAUCUCCAGGAGUUCAGACAUCUGUGGAAUAAAAUCAAACAGUGGCAGGGAAUCUUUAAGCACUAUAACGCCGACCAGACCGGCACCAUCAACAGCUACGAGAUGAGGAACGCCGUCAACGAUGCAGUCAUGUGUCUUGUGUCCCGCUCAGGCUUCCGUCUCAACAACCAGCUGUACGACAUCAUCACCAUGCGCUACGCUAACGAGAGCAUGAACAUCGACUUCGACAGCUUCAUCAGCUGUCUGGUCCGGCUCGAAGCCAUGUUCAGGGCGUUCCAGGCCUUUGACCAGGAUGGAGAUGGUACCAUCAGACUCAGUGUCCUGGAGUGGCUCCAGUUGACCAUGUACGCCUGAAAUGUGGCGUCUUCUCCCAGGUGAGCUCCUCCUCCCCCCGCUCGAGGAUCAGACCUGCCAGCCUUUACCUCAAAUAUUCAGUGUGCCCGAUCGUCGUUCGCUCUCAUCCACUUCACCUCCAGACCUCCGCUCUCUCUCUCUCUCCUCCAAGAUGUUCACCACGCUUCCUCCUUUUCUCUGCUCUUCUUCUUCUUUCUCUCUUCAGUCUUCAUUUUCAGUCAUGAGCCUUUUUUAAAGACACUAUGGUACUUUUCUCAGGCAUCAAACACACAAAACCUCUUUUUUUUCUGUCACAAUACCUCACAGAGCUCCUUCUCCCGCCUCCUCGUGUUCUCCUCGGUACUCUAUCUGUUUUCAACGCAGUGACUUGGAGCUGCUUAUUCUGAUUUUACAAAUAAACAUUUUUCUGUAGGGACUCCCCGGGGGCCUCCUGAGCAAAAAGAGAAACUCUCUCCACAGAUGUUUUUUCUUUUUAAUCACCUGUUUUUUUGUGGAUUUAACGAUCCAGCUUGAAUCUGUCACUUUUGCUCCCCCGAGCUCAGGCGUCUUUAAUUCAUCGAAAAGUUCAAGUCGACGGGACCCCGACAUCCCACCAUCCCCCGACAUCGCCCCCUCCGACUCGUGUCCAGUCUUAGCAGCCUUCACGUGGAUGGAUGAGAUUCAAGAACCAAACUGUGGAGCUGACGAGUUUUUAUUUAACAGAGACGUUCGUGGUUCAAAAUGUGGAUUUACAGAAUAUGGCUAACGGGUUGGACUGCGGCUUUUUUGUGAUUUUAUUUUUUUUUCUUAUUAAGGCUUUGGUCAAAUGAGUGUAAUGCAUUUUUAAAUAUUUUAACCAAAAUAAAUAAAUGUGUAGUUGUUGGUG